UACUUCCCGCGAACCAAACGAGCCCAGCGUGUGAAACUUAUCCAUUUUAGUUCUUAUACUCAUUGUCCUGAACCUCCUCACCAAAAAGUAGAGCUGAGGAGAUGUAUCGUCUCGUGGCCUCUGCCAACUUCAUGCAAGGGCACACGAGACGCGGCGAACAAGCCACGGGGAGGGGUACAUACCCAAAGCAUCCGGUCGAAGAAAGUCGCAGAACUCCUCAAAAUCCGGCCGCAAGUAUCCGCCGUUUGCCGCCCAGGGAAAGCCAGUCCCGUUCCAGCCCCCGGUCCUGCGGCUAUCCCCCCUCGCGCAUUCCCAAUGGCACGAGACAGGCGGAGGGCAGCAGCUAAGCGGCAAUUAGAUACGGGCCCACCCCCGGAUAUCGCAUCACAACCGACAAACGGGUGCAUCCCCCAUAAGCCUUAUAAGAGGGUUGGUUCUCUGCUCCCCUCUGCCAGGAACGUCCCAUGCCCCAUGGAAUCCAGCGACGGGCCCGAUGCCAUCCCCGACGCGACGCAGAACGGGGAGCCGCGCGAGCAGUUCGCCGAGUUGUUCGAGUGCUGGCUCGCCGAGAGGAAACUCCACCUCCAGGCCCUCCGCGCCGCGGCCUCCGCCCCGCGCCCGGAGACCCCUGACGAAGAAGCCGAGGAGGAGCGCCGGCUCACGCUCCUCGUCAGGCGCGUCCUCGGCCACUGCGAGUACUACUACCGCGCCAAGGCGGCCUCGGCGAAGCGCGACGUGACCCCCAUGUUCUCCCCCACGUGGACCAGCUCCAGCGAGAAUCUCUUCCUCUGGGUCGGCGGGUGGCGGCCGAGCGUCGCGUUCCAUCUAAUCUAUUCCAAGUCCGGCAUCCAGCUCGAGUCCCAGCUGGCCAAGGUCAUCCGGGGGGCGUCCACGCGGGACCUGGCCGACCUCUCGCAGGGCCAGCUCAAGCGCAUCGACGAGCUCCAGCGCCGGACGAUCCGGAUCGAGAAGGAGAUCUCGGAAGAGGAGGCGAGGACCCAGGAGGGCGUGGCCGACAAGCAGAUGGUGUUGCUCUCGCACGUGCUGAGGGAGAUGGGGCGAGACGGGAAAGCAGCGGAGAUGAUGGAGCCGGCGAUGCAGGACAAGAGGGCGGGAAUGGAGAGAGUGUUGGAGAGGGCCGAUGCAUUGAGGCAGGAGACGUUGAAAGGGGUGGUGGAGAUCCUCCGGCCGAUGCAGACGAUCCAUUUCCUGAUCACGGCCGCGGAACUGAGGCUCCGGGUGCGCGAGUACGGGAUGAAGAAAGACGCGGAAAAGGGGACGGCGUCGUCUGGGUGAUCGGAGCUACCCUCUGAUGCGGUUGACCCUGUUCGAAGUUUAACUAAAUACUUAAUCCUCAUGCUGUUAAGGUGUUUAUUUAGUUUGGACCUUUUACUUUCCGCACGUGUGUAUGUUUCUUUCUGCUGAACUACGUUUAUGAGGGCUUAAUCUGAAAAGGCACUGUUCUAUAUCUA